AUGACUCUUGAAACAUCUCUGUUUAAGCCAGUAUUUGAGGCAAGUUCUCUCCCCAGUGAUGUGUGUCUGCGCGCUGCUUGGCUCAGAGCCCUCGGCAAACAACACAGUCAGCUACCAAACUCUGCUGUGGUCUGCUCACAGCAUUUUCUUGAUGAUGAAAUUUAUGAAACAGAAAGUGGCUUAAGGCAGAUUGCUACUGGUGCUGUUCCUUCAACAGUGCAGGUUUGCAUGAUAUGCCUAGACACUGACAGCAAGCUGUAUCCAAUGAGUAAACACAAAUUGGAAGAAGCAUAUGAGCGGUUAACAGGAUAUCCAUUGUAUGAUCAAGGAAACCUGAAACGAACACUUUGUGUAAAAUGUGCUCAGAGACUAAUAAACUUUAGUAGAUUCAGAGACAAUAGCUUGAGAGCCCGUGCACUGAUGAUGGACUUAGUUGAAAAACAUGAACUAAUAACACGGCGACAUAUCAAAGGGAUAAACCGCACAAAGAACCAACUAAAGAGUAAUUUUGUGGUGAAAACUCUAGGACCUGACCACUGUGACUUAUACAUACUGGACUCCUCAGACAAACAGACAGAAUCAGAGCCAAUCAAAAGAGAGAAUGAAGAAAGUUAUGACUCGCCGGUUGAUGAAGACAUGGAAGUGGCAGAGGAAGAUGACGAUACUGCAGACAAUGUCAAUGAUGAGUUUGUUGCAUGUAACGAGGAGUGCUUCUCUGACGAUAGCAUAAUGUUGGAAACAAAGCUGCUGGAUGAUGUUAUUUGCAAAGCUCUGGAGAACCCAGUAUUUGCAGAACAAGUGGCUGAAAUACCGGAUUUGUUGAAGUGUGAAAGUGCUGCCUUCCAAUGUACUUUAUGUUCUGAGGAGUUUGUUAGUGAACAUGCGUACAUGCAACAUAUGCGCAUGCAUGACCAGCAGAACAGUGACGGAAAUGCUGACUGUAGCACGUCUCAAGUAUGCAAGCCUCAUACAGCCGUGAGCUCCUCACACUCUCCACACUUCACUGAGAACAAGCAGGCCAUUCCUCUGAGCCAGGCCUCGAGCCUGUCUGUACACAGCCCGUCUGCACACUCACCUCAAACUGCAGUCGCUCCUCUGUCCGCGAGACUUGCGACGAGUAACGGAAACAAAGUGCAAGCUGAAGACGCCGAUACAGUCCAGAAGAGUAAACCACUAUUUAAAAUUAACAAUGUCGAAUUAAACAACCAACUAUUUGAUACCAACAAUGUAACUGACAUUAAUAGAUUGACUGAUUGUGUGGUCAUAUUAUAUGAUAUUUUCAAAAAGCCUGAAGAAGGUGUACCAAUACAAGGUGAAUCACUGGCGACAAUGAGACCAAGUAUUAGUUCUUGGGACAGUCAGCGUCAUAUUGAAAAGGCCUCUAAAGAUUUUAACUGUCAGGCAGUUAGUCGGAAUGAAGACACUAGACAUACGAUAGGAGACAUUCAACCAGUUACUAACAAACUGAAAGUUACUGAGCUUAAUGUUACGAAAAUUUCACAAAGUAAAAGUUAUUGUUCAAAUAAUUACAACAGUGAAGAUAGUUUGCUUACUGACAAGAAUGGGUAUAUUUGUGAUGUAUGUAGACAUAAGUUUAAACGGAAAAGUGUCUUAGUUAAACACAUAAAGACUCACAAUGAAGUAAAACCGUUCACUUUCGAGUUUUGCCAAUUCAAAGCCAUACAUAAAUUUAGUUUAAAGAAACAUAUGCAAACUCACACGGGCGACAAACCAUUUACUUGCGAGUUAUGCGACUACAAAUGUACACAAAAUAGUAAUCUAGUGCGACACAUGAGAACUCACACGGUCAUUUAG